CUUGACUGUCAUGUCUUACAACAUCUUGGCCCAGGACCUGCUGGAGACAAACAUGGAGCUCUACGCACACUGCCCUCCAGAGGUACUGGAGUGGAGCAACCGCUGCAGCUUGCUUUUGGAGGACAUACAGAAAUGGAUGCCAGAUAGGUCCAGGAGAACCACUACCAAACGCAGCUACAUCCUUUCCUGUCUCAGAUGGGCUACAACUGUUUCUACAAGCGGCGCACAGGGAACAAGACAGAUGGCUGUGCGACUUGCUAUCGCAGCAGUCGCUUUUCUGAGGUGUCAGUCACACCCAUAGAGUUCUUCAGACCCCAAACCGAACUUCUGGACCGACACAACGUGGGCAUAGUUGUGGUGCUUCAACCCGUUGUCUGCCAGGGGAUCAAGGACAGGGUGAAGGGUUCCCUGCUAUGUGUGGCCAACACGCACCUGCUGUUUAAUCCCAGGAGGGGUGACAUCAAACUGGCUCAGUUGGCCAUAAUGCUGGCAGAGAUCAACAGUGUGGUCAACUUGUGGAAGGCCAAAGGUGAACACUGUAAUGUUAUUUUGUGUGGGGACUUCAACUCUGUGCCACAUAUGCCUCUUUACCAGUUCAUCACCACUGGGGAGCUCGACUUCCAGGGGGUGCCGGCAUGGAUGGUGUCAGGUCAGAAAGAUCUUUCACACAAAGCCCCGUGUGACAUACUAUGUGCUCCUCUCUGGCCCGUCUGUCUGGGGAUUUCUGACAGCUGCCAGUAUGUCUCUUCCAGUGAGGUGGAGGCAAGCUACAGUCCAGUCACAGGGAGACGUCGCUUCAGCCUCGACUCACUCUUGGAACUGCGCUUUUGUCCACUUUCUUGCAUUCGUCCAUGUGAUUUACCAUUCAUUCCUGGUGUCACUGACAACAAUCCAGGGGCGUCAAGCAGAAGUCAUUCAGCUUUUAGUUUUCAACACAUAAUCCGACACCAGUUAGACCUGGAGUCCACCUAUAAACACAGAUUCCCUCACUCUGGCAAACCGGAAGUCACAACACUGCACUCUGAGGGGGGAGCAACUGUGGACUAUAUCUUCUAUUCCCCUGAGCAUAUCUCAGAUCAAGAAGGCAAAUUUAGCUGUGAAGGUCUGAAGUUGCUUGGCUAUCUCUCACUGCUUUCUGAGGAAACCUUGUGUUCCAUGAAUGGUCUCCCCAGCUACGUAUUCCCAUCUGAUCAUCUCAGUCUUGUGGCAAAAUUCCGGAUGAACUUAAAUGCAGCAGCGUGUUAAAAGAAAAAAGGCCUUUGGAUAGAAUUUUAUUCAGCGUUUGGUCCUGAAAUUUUGUAGUGUCGGCCUUGUGAAAAUUGCACUCUAAGUAAAACAGUUGGGUUAAAAAUAGACGAUCCACUCCUUGGGUCAAUUUGAAGCACAUUUCUGAGUAAUUUUGGACCAAGCAAUCCAAAAUUCGGCCUCAAUUAUAGAUCAGUCCAAUUUUUACCCAAAUUGAGUUAUUUUUGACCCAGUUGUUUUUAGAGUGUGGAUAGUAUUGCUCUGUGUUAUUGUGAAAUUAUGCAUGCGCUGACUUGGGUUCGAGUCACAAGAGCAAGGAAGGAACAGUUUAGAAUAUUUCUAUAGAGUCAAGUAUAUACUCAUGACUGUAGAGAGUAUGGUUGCUGUUUACAAGUUGCACAUUUAAUUUAUUUAAUUUGAAGUAGUUUCCCAAAAAUGUUAUUGUACUGAGUAAAUUAAUGUUUGUUUAUUUAUUUUUUUCGUUUGCUUUCAUUAAGAUUUGAUUCAGCAAACUGUACUUACUCUUGGGUCUGGAAAUAUUUGACUGAUCUAUGACUGAUUUUUAUACUUCUGCCUUGCUACCCCACAUUUGAAUCAAUGGAGAUGUGAUUCAAGGACUGAUUAGCUAUUGAAGAAUGUUGAGUUUACAGCAUUUUCCUUUGCAAAGUCUUGUAUAUUUAGGAUGCCGCCAUCAUAUUUGUCACAUAAGCUUAUGCCCUUUGGCAUGUGAGCGGUUCCUGUCCUCCAUACUUACCUCGUUCAUUCAUACAAGUUGGUCUUAGUUUCAUCCAUCAUUCACAUGCACAAAGGUGUCUUAUGAUUGUAAAUUUUUGAUCGACAAACUGUGAUUGGCUGGCAACCAGUUCAGGGUGUGCCCCCGCUUACUGCCCGAAGACAGCUGCGAUAGACUCCAGCAUGCCCGCAACCCUCGUGAGGAAAAAGCGGUUCAGAUAAUGAACGGAUAAAUGAAAUUAAGGCGUGCUAUGAAGACAAAACCAUAAAAUAUUUGUCAUUGUCCUAAUACCUCUGGAUCUAACUCAGUUCGAACAUAUUCGAGCAUUGUCCGAUCAGAUCAAACAAGCAAAAGUAAGCCUUGAGGACAAAACGGUGACUGUUAAAAGGCAAUCCCUGCUGGGUAUACCAAAGACUAUCUCAUGAAUGUGUACUUCAAUGUGUGUGUGUGCUAGUUUGACCUAAAUGCUGCUUGGCCCUCCAUCCUAUCCUCAGUGAGGAUAUGUUAGUGUGCAACUUUUUCAAACCUGGAUCAUUCAGUUGAUUAGGUAUGCAUGCAUUCAUUGACCUCUCUUUGCAGUCUUCAUAAAAAAUGUUUGAAUUUGAAGAAUCAUUCUUAGUGAUUUCCCUUUUGAAUGGUUUCAGAAUGGUAUAAAUCAGUUGUGAGAAAAACUCCUGCAUGUAUUGUAUGAAUUGCCUGUGUGGCAUGAUUGGCAUCUAAUAUGUACAAGGAAGAAAGAAGUGGGUCAGUAGAUUUUUCUUCCUAAUAGGGUGCCGCGUCUGUUUCUGUGUGUCAUAAACACUGUUAGAGUGUUUGGCAUCUGGAGACCAUAAGAAUUGAGAUUUGUUUAUUGAAGCUAGCUUUUUUUUUUUAACUCUGUUGGAAAUAAAUCACAAUUUUUCUCAACCCAAGAACAAUCCUUCGUGUUUAUUUUACUUAUCAAAGUUGGCUGCUAUCCACCAACUGCAGCAGCCAAUCAGUGGAUGUCCACUAAUUUAUGCACAGGUACAAUUUGUUGAUCACUCAAAACAAAAGACAAGACACAAACAUGUAUGUGGCAAUUUAUUGAUAAUCGCAUGUUUUAAAUGUGUAAUAUUUUACAGAUGACAACUGUGACAUAUAAAACAGCAGAAUGCAGCAGUUCUCAAAACUACAAAGAUAAAAAGUGCCAUCUACUAAUACCUUGACAUCUUUUUGGAAGUGGUCACUUUUUAAGGCAAGUGAAA